AGUUCGCCGUAGCCUAAUUAGUUUCUCGCCUCAUCCCACAAAAUGGCGACGCCACCUCCGUCGCCCCCACAACUUCCCGCCGGCGCAGCGCUGCCUUCUCCGUCGCGAGACGCCGGAGCCGGAGGCGACGCCCCUGCAGUAUCUUCCAUGGCUUCCGUCUCUGUCCAGGUUACUGGCGUCAAUUUGGAGAGUAAUGAGUUGAAGCCUGAGUUGGCGGAUGGAUUUUUGGAUGAAUGGAAUGCAGAGAAUGUGGAGAAGCUGAAGAAAUAUGAAGCUGCAUAUUCACGAAGAUUAAAGGCUAAAUACUUCUCCAUGAAAACUCUAAAUGGAGAGGACAUUUUUGACCAUGAAACUAUAGUGGACAAUGUGAUCAUAAAAUCAAGCAGAUGGCCAUGCACAAGAUCAUUUGCUGAUCCAAUUCAGAAUAUGGAAGAUCAAAAGGGAUUCCCAUCUUCCACAGAGGCUGAAACCCCCUUCGUUGCAACAAUACAAGAAUCAAUAAUUUAGGCUUCAUUUGGGAUAGCUUUAUUUUUUUUUUAAAGUAGUUUUCUAGUACAGAAACUUUUAGUUUAAAAUAUUUUUGUACUAAAAAACUAUUUUAUAAAGUAGUAAGAAAACUAUCCCAA